CCCUCUCGCCACACCUUUGCCUGAGAAGGGCAAAACCCUAACCCCCACCUCCGGUGCCGAAUCGACCAUGCAUGCGGCAAUUCAUGGUUCUUGAUCGGCUCCUCCAUAACCGGAACUAGAGUUUGCAGGUUUUCUGGCAUAUCAAGUUUCUGAACUUGAGAUCAAUAACAAUGAAUGGAUCAUUUAAUAUGCAGAUUUUGGUGGAUAAGCUUGCCAAACUUAACAAUUCACAGCACAGCAUAGAAACUUUAUCAUAUUGGUGCAUCUUCCAUAGGAACAAGGCAAAACAAGUUGUGGAAACAUGGGACCAGCAAUUCCAUUGCUCUCCAAGGGAUAAGAGAGUAUCUUUUCUGUAUCUUGCUAAUGAUAUUCUGCAGAACAGCCGGCGGACAGGUUCAGAGUUCAUUAAUGAAUUCUUGAAAGUUCUUCCUGAUGCUCUAACUGAUGUACUUGAUAAUGGAGGCGAUUUUGGAAGGAAAGCUGCACUAAGAUUGGUUGACAUAUGGGAAGAACGUAAGGUUUUUGGUUCUCGUGGACAAUUUCUUAAGGAAGAGAUAUUGGGAAGAAAGCUUGACAAUGGAAAUAAAUAUGGAAACUCCAGUAACUGCAAAUUGAAGCAUUGUAGUGGUGAACUUCUUCAGAAGAUCAUCUUAAGCUAUGAUCAUGUUCAUGAUGAAGAAGCUCUAUUUAGAAAAUGUGAAGGUUCUAUCAGCAUUGUUGACAAACUCGAAAAGGAAUUCUGUAGUGAUGAUAAAUUAGGGAGUAAAAAUGAAUCUGAAGUUACACGGGAGUUGCAGAAGCAGCACGGCAUACUAGGAGAGUGCAUAGAGCAAUUAAAAGCAGCUGAGUUAUCCAGAGCAACAUUGGUUACGAAUUUAAGAGAGGCACUUCAUGAACAGGAAACUAAAAUUGAACAAGUUCGCCAUGAACUUCAGGCUGCCAAAUCACAAUACGAGCUAGCAAGUAGCUUAUCUGCACAGCUCCAUGAUGCUCAACCCCCAGCCGAGCAGAGGCAAAUGGAGUCAUCGUUGGCGUUCUCUGAUACCUCUUCUGGUUUUAUCCCUGAAGCUACCACUAGCUCUGCAGAUACAGCACAAAUAACUCCGCCCAUGGGCACCCAGGAAGAACCUCUCAUAACUGACAGUAAUUCUUCUCAUACUGAAGCGGAGCAGCGGAAAAUAGCAGCUGCUGCAAUGGCGGCAAAACUCACAUCAUCCGCGUCCUCUGCCCAAAUGCUAAGCUUUGUUCUCUCCUCUCUGGCCUCAGAGAGCAUGAUUGGUCAGCUUGAUAGAGAAGAUUACGCACCUGAUAGUAAGAGGCUUAAGACACCAAACAGUGCGCCUUCUCAUGUGCCGUCGCCGCCGGAUUCUCUCCUUCAGCUGCCGAUGCCAUCUUUUCCACAUCCUGAAUCACUACAGCCAGCAUCUGCAGUGACUCAUUCAAGCCCGAGCUUGGAGCCGUCGCCCCUGCUGCCACAGCCAUCAACUUCAUUGCCACCUACACAACCACCACCAACUGCCACUGCCACCACCCAAUUCAUGCAGGCUGCUGCUGGACCUAUGUCUCGCGUCCCAUACAAUUAUGGCUCAGCUCCACCACCUCUCCCAAGCUAUCCAAUGUUCGGCAUGCAUUCAAAUCCAAGUCCUCGGACUGCAUACUACAGCUUUCAGGGACUGGAGGCUGGCAAUCGUCUUGUACAGCCACCGUUUCCGAUGGUGCCGCCUCCAUUGGCACGACAAUAACAGAUUUGUUGGUGAAAGCAUGUACUUGAUUAACACAUGCAUAGAAAGAGAGAGAGAGAGAGAGAGAGAGAGAGAGAGAGAGAGUUUAGAUUACCAUGUCAUAUACACACCUGAAAUGCUUCUAUACGGUUGGUUGUAAACAUGUACAUUUGGCCA